CUAUUUAUUUUUCUCAUCUUUUCAUCAACCGUAUCAUACCAAAUCCCACCACCAGGCACCAGCUCUAGAAGAAGAAGAAGGAGAAGAAGAAGAAGAAGAAAGGGCUGGAGGAGAAAGACCAUGAAAUGGUGGGACUAAGCGUUGUACUAGAAGCAGAAGGAUACGAGGAUAUCAGUAGCAAGAGAAGUGCUCAUCACCAAGUUAUUAGCAAAGCCAGCAUGAUCAUCAAACCAUCUCCUUCUUCUCCAACUCCUCCUACUUCUCCUUCUCCCUUCACAAAAAGGAACAGCUCCUUUAACCUCUCAUGUGGUACUAGUGGAUUUCUUGACUAUUGUUUCCUUUGCAGACAGAAACUUUUGCCUGGCAAGGACAUCUAUAUGUACAAAGGUGACAGGGCUUUUUGCAGCGAGGAGUGCAGGUGCAGACAGAUAUUCAUGGACGAAGAAGAAACUAUUAAGGCUAAAACUGACCACUGUUCAUUGGCUGCUUCAUCAUCUAAUUCCUCUUCUCGUAAAGGGACCAAAAAAAGAGCAAAUGGUUUUGCCUAUUAGUAUAACUUUAGUGGAAAUUUUUUUUUUUCUUUCUUGUUUUUCUUUUGCCUUAUCUCUAGUUUUGGCUUUUGCCUCAUUUUGUAAUGACUCUCGGGCCGACCGGGUUUUGGUUCUUAGCAUGGUUUGCAGCUAAGAAGGCUCUUGGUUUUGGUUUUGGCAAAUAGAUUGCAAGAACAUGAUUGGCCAUGUAAUGUCCACGAUGAGAGACUAGGAAUAUUUGUUUGCGUUUUACGGAGAAACCAUUCCGCAU